CACACAGUCAACAGUGCUGAGAUUAAGAGGGCUGGGCUUCCUUCCAGUCAGCUCUCAGGACUUGAGCUUCAUUAUUACAUCUAAGGUCACAGACCAGCCUCGCAGGUUACUGCUGCUCCCCUCGUCGCUGUCCACCAUGAUCCUGUACCUGCUCUUCCUUCUCCUCAUCAUAGGUAUUGAGGAAUCACAGACAGCCAACAUGACAGAAGAGUUGGGCAAAGUUGAGAGGAACCAAACAUUCACUGUGUCCACCAAGUAUAACAGUACAAUGACACCAGGCAACGUGACAUCCAGUUUGUACAGAGAUGAGAAGAGCCAGAUUGAAGACGAACUGCUGAACAAUCAAACAUCCACAGUUAUCACAGAGGAUGAUGAGACGUUUCAGGACCAGGAAAGUAGGUCUCCCCACGAACACUGCCAACAGGACCUGCUGGUGCAGUACAGUCACAGCUAUUGUGGAGCAGCUUUUCAAAAGGAAAUGCUGACAAUCAGCACAGACAACUGGUGUCUCCUGGAAAGUAUUACCAAACCAUACAGUGAAGUAACAUAUUGUUUGGAGAAGCUGUCUGGUUUGGUCGGCUGCUACUAUCCAAACCCCGACACUCAAGACUUCUUCCUCCACAUCCACUCCUACUACUUCCAGAACUGCACCAGUGACGAGCUCCCACUUGAGGACGCGCCUCACGGGCUGGUGAUGGCCCUCACGCUCAUCCCUGUGAGCCUCAUCCCCAUCCUGGUUUAUCUGGUGGUUUGGAAAAGUAAAGUCCAAGAGUGAGUCAUGUUAGACUCGCACCUACAAUAUACCUCAACACUACAUAUAGAAUAUAUAGGAGAAUAUGCUUCAAUAUAUUUUUACAGGAUAAAACCCAUAAACAACAACUUAGAAUUAUAAACAAUUAUUGAGUGGUAUCAGUCGUCUUAUCUAAGUCUCCAUCACAAAGUCAGGGAGCAUAUUUCUGAAAAUGUUAAACUAUUCCUUUAAGUACAAUAU